UUCGACGUCCUGUCAACUGUGUCGUGUUGUCGCAACCGGACCGGGGUUAUUCCCCAAUUGAAUUCUUCGCCUGUUUCCCACCCUAUAUCCGAUUUGAGGUCGACUCUUGAGGACAAAACGCCCGGAAAUUUUAGAAGGCUGUCCCAAUGGCUAUAGGGACAAUUCAGAACGAAUAAUUCCAUUCGGCGUACUGUCUGCUCAUCUUUUUCUCCCCAGUCGAGGAGCGUCAAGCAAGGUAACAGGAAGUGACUAAUACUCUGGUUCCUGAAUCCAUACUGGACCUACCAAUCACAGCCAUGAUCUAUAUCCUUGUCUCAAUGAAGAGCUAGCAGGCCAUACAGCAUACUACCCUGCACAGCGCGAAUCUGCCGAAACGAGCAAGGGAGGUAACUCCGUGCUCUGUUCCCUGGCAGGACGUUCCGUUGAAGAAAAGGGACUGUGGAGAAGGAAGUGCACAUUUCGAUAAUAGCUCAUUAGACCCUCAAUAUAUCAUCCUGGACGGAUAUAACCCGGAGUCGCCUCCGUUACCGAUGCUGGGAUCUCAAACACCAAUCAUCGCAUGCAGGCGAUUUUUCGAUCGUUUAUCACACCCUGGCAAUCUAAAUUGGGAUCCAUCUCAAACACUUUCGACGGCCAUAGUUCCGUAUGGGGCUUCCUUUGGCCUCCCAGAGUCCUGGCGCUUCGUCUAUCUCCAUGAAACAGCCAGUUCGGCGGCAUGGCGGUCCGCAGCACCGGACAGGGCAACACGGUCAGAAUUCUCCGUGAUGAAUUCGGAGGCAUCCAGACACACCCUAGCGAUCUAUUGUCAACGGCCUCAAUAGACAUAUAAAGAGGCAUCGCCCUCUCGAGAAUAGGACAUCAUCUCUGCAGGACAGACAGACAGCAAAUAUCAAUUGACUUCGCUCUCUAUCAAACUCCGCAAUGCAUCAACGUGCCCUUCUUUUCUCUGCUCUUUGGUCGGCCGUCAGCGCCCAACAGGCCGGAACGCUCACAGAAGAAAGUCACCCGGCUUUGACCUGGCAGAAAUGUACCUCUGGUGGUAGCUGCACGGAGCAGAAGGGCUCGGUUGUGAUUGACUCCAACUGGCGCUGGCUCCACGACGUCGAUGGCAGUACAAACUGCUACACCGGCAACACCUGGGACGAAGAACUCUGCCCAGACAACGAGGCCUGUGCUACGAACUGUGCCUUGGAUGGUGCAGACUACAGCGGCACUUACGGUGUGACCACUAGUGGCGACGCCCUCACCCUGAAGUUCGUCACUGGCGAAAACGUUGGUUCUCGUUUGUACCUCAUGGACAGCAGCGAUGAGAAGUACCAGACGUUUGACCUCAUCGAUAACGAGUUCACCUUUGACGUGGACGUCUCCGAGCUUCCCUGCGGCCUGAACGGUGCUCUGUACUUCACCUCCAUGGAUGCCGACGGCGGUGUUGAGAGAUACCCCGAGAACAAGGCCGGUGCCAAGUACGGAACUGGUUACUGUGACUCGCAGUGCCCUCGGGAUUUGAAGUUCAUCAACGGAAAGGCCAACGUGGAAGGUUGGGAAGGCUCGGACAGCGACGCCAACGCUGGAGUUGGUGGACACGGCUCUUGCUGCCCCGAGAUGGACAUCUGGGAGGCCAACAGCAUUUCGAGCGCUUACACUCCUCACCCCUGCGACGACGUCAAGCAGACCAUGUGCGAGGGUGAUAGCUGCGGUGGAACCUACUCCGGCGAACGUUACGCCGGUACCUGCGACCCCGACGGAUGUGACUUCAACUCCUUCCGGAUGGGCAACGAGAGCUUCUACGGCCCCGGCAAGACUGUCGACACCAACGAGAAGAUCACCGUCGUGACCCAGUUCAUCAGCGGCUCCUCCGGCUCCCUGUCCGAGAUCAAGCGAUUCUACGUGCAGGGCGGCAAGGUGAUCCCCAACUCCGAGUCCGAAAUUCCCGACGUGAGCGGCAACUCCAUCACCUCGGAAUUCUGCGACGCCCAGAAGGCGGCCUUCGGUGACGAGACCAUCUUCCAGGACCACAACGGCCUCAAGGGCAUGGGAGACGCUCUCGGCGCCAUGGUCCUCAUCAUGAGUGUCUGGGACGACCACUACGCCAGCAUGAAGUGGCUCGACAGCACCUACCCCGAGGAUUCCACUGCCCUUGGUUCGGCUCGUGGUACCUGCGAGCCCGGCGAGGGUGACCCCGACAAGGUUCGGUCCGCGCACCCCGAUGCCACCGUUACCUUCUCCAACAUCAAGUUCGGUCCUAUCGGCUCGACCUUCGAUGCUCCCUCUUCUUAGAUGGAGAAGAACGGACUUUCUGAGAAACUCCGAGGUUUGCAUAGGUCUUGCAGAAGUGAAAGUGAUUCCCCUAUCAAGACAAUGUACAUAAAUUAAAAAGCAAGAGGAGACGGGGUACAGAGACCAUGAUACAAGGCAGGCCAGGCUAGCUCCUAGCUUGCCCUUUUGAUCAUGAGUUUUCGACUUUUCUUUUCUUGCCGGUUGUUUCCUUUCUUUGACUCCUCUGGCAGUCAGUCGCCUUUCGUUCUUAGUUUAUGUUUCUUUCUUGUCUCUUUCUCUGUACUGAGUUAGAUUGAAUUGAAG